AUUUUAGCAUUUUUGAAAAUAUAUUCUGUCAUAGUAAGCUAAUAUAAAAUACAGUACGCCAACCACUAGUGAGCUUGGGAAGCCUGUGAUCCAUCAAAACAUAAACACAUCAUGGAUCACUUUACCAAAUGUGGUUAAACCUAGUUUUAAGCGAGAUUAACAGCAGAUGUGUCAAGCCGGCCUGCGACCUUUGUUGAUCUACCAGUUAACGGAAACGACCGCACUUUACUACUUUUUUCAGUUUGUAAUUGAAGGUGUAUGUGGUAAAAAUGCAUUUGGAGACAUUGCAAUUGAUGAUAUCUCUCUCAUGGAUUCAUGUCCUCCAAGAGGUGAAUCACUUUUGUUCUAAUAGCUAUAUGUAAGCCGAAGUACAAUCAAUCUUUGACAAAAUAGAGUGAGAAAGCUGGGUUUCUUCGUAGUUCUCCUUUGGUCGCACGUAUAGGUUAUAACAUACUUUUACGAUUUUAGAAAACUCAACUAGUAAACGAACUUCGGUUUCUACUACACCUACAAUUUCACCAUCUCAAAUUCUAUGUGGCUCUGAAGGCAAGUGAGGUUGUUGUCUAAUUGCGUACUGAUGCAUUGUAUAUAGUAAUGUAUACAGUUUUUAUGGUGUUCUUUAGUAGUGUACGGUGAAGUUAUGUAUAGUGUUUGUGGUGUGGCUUGUUUUGUGUAGUGAAAGAUGGUGGAUAGGGGGGGGUGGCUAAUCAGCCUUGCUUAUAGGAAGCAUGACCGAUGUGGGAGGUUCUGGCUGCCCAAGGUGGACAGGUUAGAAUGAAAGGGUUAACUUUUUGAAAACCAGAGUACCUGGAGAAAAUCCUCGAAGCACUGCAGAGAACUAAUCAUAACUCUACUUAAAUCAGUUUUCAAAUACAUUAAUUAAGUCAGAUCAGGAUUGCCGAUAAAGCUGUAAUACCUAGUCCUCAACAUUCACCAACAGUCUUAAAUAACUUACUUUUUUAUACUAUUUACUCACAUCAUCAAUUUGGAUUCAAUUUACACUAUGCAAAUAAGUAUUAAAUCUUUUAUUUUUAUUCAGACAAGGGAACAAUGAAUGAUUCCAGCAGAAUCAUUAUCAUAGUGAUAACAUUAGGUGUUGGCGUAUUUCUUAGCAUCGCGCUUAGUAUCUUCUUUCUGAUAAAAUACAAACGACUGAAGCGGGCUCUACAUUUAUCAUCUCCUGUCAAUAUUCCAUUGGCGACGAAUGAAAUUUCACCAGAAGCAUUCCCAGUUGAUGAGGUAAAUUAUUUAUGGUCAUGGUGUUGGUGACACAGUGAAUGGUUAUUAUAUGUGGGCCUCUAGGAACAGUUUGAACUGAUAGCGCUAUCCAAUUAAUAUGAAUAAAGUUACUCUAGUUUAGAUUUCUUUCUGUAGUAACAUUGGAUCAAUAAGAGAUGACUCAAACUGGACCUCUAGGAAGAACAGUUUGGAACUGAUGAAGCUAUCCAAUUAAUAUAACUAAUUAAAAUACUCAUUAAUAAUUCAUAAACCUUGUGUCAAAUCAUGUCAGCCAUAAUAUGUCACGUGGAGCGACUUUAUAUCUGGUAAAACACAUAUGGCAUAAGUCUAGUCGUUCAUCCUAAUUAGUAUUCUUAUAUAAAGAGUUUAGAACAGUUUAGAACUAAUAGAGCUAUCCAAUUAACAUAAAUAAAAUUACUUUAGUUUUGAUUUCUUUUUGUUGUAACGUUGGGUCAAUAACAGAUAACUCUUAUUGCACCUCCAGGAAGAACAGUUUCGAACUGAUAGAGUUAUCCAAUAUAUAUAUAGUUUUAGUUUAGGUUUCCUACUGUAGUAACACUGGACGAAUAAUAGCUGGGUCUCACUGAACGGCUAGAACUGAUAGAGCUAUCUAGUAUAAGUAUAAAGUUACUUAGUUAGUUUGUACUUAUAAAUUAGCUGUGAAGCACGUGUUUCGCGAGCCUCUUACUCGGCUGGAUUGGGCAACCGCAGCCUGUGUGUAAUCGUCAUUAAAUAAGUCAUUAAAUAAGUCAUAUUUUUAUAAAAAAAAACAGGAGGAAGUUUACGAAUCUGUCGAGAAUGUUGAUCAGAACUUUUACGAAGACGUCGCCACAAAUGCAAACGAGUCUGAAGACAAAUCAGCUGAAGGUCAGUAAUAUCACAGAUUAGAUAUUAAUAUCUAACCUGUGGUGAUAUGUUUAAAAUUCUACUAACCUUGGCAUGUGUAAUAUUUGCUCAUUCUAAGAAGAAAUGCAAUAUAUCUUGGUUGCGGAAAAGAGACCAAUCUCGAUAAUUGUUUUCACUGUAGAACGAGGAUGAGCGUUGACAAGAGGUAAUGAAGGUUGAAACUGUCGCUCGUGUUUUGCCGCCAAAUCUCGUCGACUCUUGUGCACUCUCAUCAACUCUUGUCAACUUUGAGGUGGUUCAAAUUUUGAGUAGAGUUCUCGCUACGUGUUGUAAUAUCCAGUCGAUUCUCAUGCAAAUGUUGUUCUCACCUCAGACUCUCAUCAAUUCUUAUUCUCGUUUGACCAGGGUUUAUAAUUUUCUUUUUUUUUCUAAAGGCAGCACAUUCGAUUAUGUUAUACCAGCUCACGAGAGAAGAGAGACGAACGAAGACAUAAAAAUGGGAAGGAACUCACCAGACUACGAGAGGCUGGAUCCAAGCAAACGGGAAGCACAUCAUUACCAAAAGUUGGUGAAAACUUGAACUUGUUGAAGGUCGCGCACAUGGUGUGCAUCACUGCAAGGGAAAUGGCAAUAAAAAUGACAUUUGUCUCAUUUGAAACUUUUAAAACGAUAUAAUUAUGAAGACCUAGAUUUUCCCAAAGUCCUUUCCGGUAUUUUUUUCGCGGUUCGUAUGUAGACCUAUCUACGCUGGAAAGGAUUUUUCUCACUUGCAGCGCGCCAAAUCUACCGGUGGAUUUUUUGACCGGGUGUGAUUGGGGUGGGGGGGGGGGGGUCAUUAUCCUAGCCAAUAAAAAACAC